GUCGGUCAGAGAUUUGUUCCGUAGUAUCGCACCAGUCUCCAUGACAGCUGUUCUUUGACAUUAUUAAUGUCUGCCGGACAGAUUUUCUGUCAUAUCGCUCCUGUUUCCAGAAUAAUUCCUCUUCGAUUAUCGCCACAGUCUCUAGAAUCUUACUGUGACAUUGUUCCUUUAUCCAGGAGAGUGUCUUUAUAAUAUUACCCACGGCUUUGAAACCUUCUGCUAUUAUAUUGCUCCUGUCUCCAGGACAAUUUUUUGUUGCAUUGCUACAGUCUGAAGUACUGUUGUCCUAUGACACUACUCUAGUUCCCAGAGCAAUACAUUUUAUAGCAUUGCUCAUAAGGAGUCUGCGGGACAUUUUGCUUUUGAAUAAUCCAGUGUCCGGGACAUUCUUGUGACACUACUACCGUCUCGAGGACAGUCAUUGUGUGACACUGUUCUUAGUUUCAAAUACUGCUCCAUUGUAUGCUAUCCAAUUAACAUCUGCGUUACACUUUCUUCGGGAAAGACAUGUUAAAGGUAUUGUGCAGGUGUUAUUUCUUUUUCAUAGUUAAUGCCAUGAUUGCAAACCCAAGGCAGAAUGCGAACGAUUUGGAUAUAUUACUUGAAGAGGAAAAUGGCCCAGAGAAGCUCAGAAUCAUGGACAUAAACAAACGUUUUAACCUUGAUAUCGAAGAGAGAAGGGAAGGAAUUCGCAUGAAAAGACAAGUACUUGAGGAGUGUCCCAAAGGGCGUCAACAGGAUACCGUGGAAAUUACUUGUCCACCUGAAACAUAUCGUCAACUUGCGGAAUACAAAUGCUGUAUCUAUUGUCCAGAGCACGAGACAGGAAUCGACUGUGAGCCGUACAACUGCACUAGUUUGCACAACUGCUCGUCUGUACCUUGGCCACCUCGCCGUAUUGAUCUGGACCUGAGCAAAAAUAGCAUCGGGGUUUUAUCUAAUUAUGCUUUCAACGAACUGUCUGAACUUACUCAUCUCCAUCUGUCCAGCAAUAAGAUAACCAUACUUCCAAAUUAUGUAUUCAACAGACUUAACAACCUUAUAUACCUCGAUCUUUCCUUCAAUAAUAUAAUUGUCCUACAAAAUAACGUCUUCAACGGACUGUCUCAACUAACUCGUCUCCAUUUGCACAAUAAUAACAUCAAAAUCCUUCAAAAUAACGCUUUUCAUGGAAUGUCUUAUCUUACCAUUCUCACACUGCACUCCAAUUAUAUAACUCUCCUAACUAACAAUUUAUUUCUUGGAUUGUCUAAAGUAAGUCUACUCUCUCUGUCCGACAAUGACAUAGCCCUUCUACCCGUUAAUAUGUUUCGUGGACUGUCUAAACUUACGGAACUAUAUCUUCACACCAAUCACAUAUCAGUCCUGCCCAACAAUAUAUUUCAUGAAUUGUGUAAUCUUACCCGUCUCACUCUGUACAACAAUAACAUAGCCAUUCUACCCAAUAACGUAUUCCAUGGACUGUCUGAACUUGUCAUUCUAUAUUUGUCCUUUAAUAACAUAGCCAUCAUACCCAUCAAUGUAUUUGGAGGACUCUCUAAACUAACUGAACUCUAUCUGGGGGUCAAUAACAUAACCACUCUACCACAAAAGAUAUUCUUUGGAUUGUCUCAACUUACCAAACUAACUCUGCACGACAAUUACAUCACAGACGUACACUUUACUGCGUUUAAAGGACUAUAUGAACUUAAACAACUACAUAUGUUCUCUAACAGAAUUGCUGUUCUUCCUAAUAACGUAUUUUCUGAAAUUAUUAUUACCGACGAUAAUCACUCUAUACAAAAUAAUAAAUCAUCACUCCAAACCAUCAUGCCGUUCAAGCUUCAGCAACUUGACUUGGCGAACAACUUACUUACACAUUUACCCUAUUUGCCGAAUAGUCUGACGGAACUGAAUGUCAUAGGAAACAAAUUAAAAGUUGUAGAAAAUAUGUUUAAUGGUUUGGUUAAUCUGAGGAUGAUAUAUACGGACGUUCCUUUCAUGUGUUGUGUCAAGCCGAUUUCUGUAGAUGACAAUAACUGCAUUGAUACACAUCUACCAAUGUGGGUAUGUCUUCAGAAUCCAGAUCUUUGUAACUCAAAGGGGGAUGCAAUAUCCUCCUGUUUUGAUUUAGUGAGUUCAGUUGUCCUUAGAACGUUUCUUUGGAUUAUUGGAAUAUGUGCUUUAAUUGGAAAUAUGGUCGCCAUGUUUUACAGACUUUUCUUCGACAGAGAUAAUUUGACAACGAGGUACUCACUGUUUUCGCUCAAUUUGGCCAUUUCUGAUUUAUUAAUGGGCAUCUACUUAAUCACAAUAGGUGUUGUUGAUGCGUAUUACAACGGUAUAUAUGCUUGGAAUGACCAAAAAUGGAGAAACAGUAUUUUAUGUACCACAGCAGGUGUAUUAUCUAGUGUAUCCAGCGAGAUGUCCAUAUUUCUUAUUUUAAUAGUGACAUUGGAUAGGCUUAUUGUCAUCGUGUUCCCCCUGUCCCGUCUCGCUCGACUGAUCAUCUCAACAAAACAGGCUUUGAUUGCCUCAUUGUUGCUGUGGAUUGUUUCUAUCACUCUUGCAAUCAUCCCUAUUGCCUUUGCACAGUCUUACUUUAAAGGAGAAUUCUACUCCCAGUCAAGUGUUUGCCUAGCCCUACCUCUUACAGGAGAUCAGCGACCAGGGACGGAAUAUUCUUUUGCUGUGUUUGUUUGCCUAAACGGUAUCAUAUUCCUUAUUAUUCUUGCAAAUCAGAUUUGCAUAUGCAAAAGUCUGAGGAGAAGUGGUCGCAGCAUAGCCUCUUCACAAACUCGUCAAAGGGAGAUUACGGUAGCUAUAACCUUGUUCUUCGUGGUGAUGACAGACUUCUGCUGCUGGGGCCCCAUUGGUGCAAUGGGAAUAGCCUCGAGAUAUGGAGUUAAAAUCCCUGACGGUGUGUAUGCCUGGGUAAUGGUGUUCGUGUUGCCUGUCAAUGCUGCUAUCAAUCCGUUUUUAUAUACUGCUACAGCUGUUUGGAGAAGGAGACGGCAGGUACAAACGCCAAUGACGUCACAGAUACCGCUACAGAGCAGACCCGACAUCGCAAGAGAUUAAACAUGUCAUAGACAUAGGGCAAUUUCACAUUUCUUAUAAAAAAUUAUCUGCAAAAAUGAAAAAUUGCACGAGAAAGAGCAACUCGGAGGCGUUUUGCUAGCGUCAUUUUGGAAUCUAACGACAAAAUGGACUACCAUUACUUUUUUCUGCACAAUGACCAUAGCGUGUUAAUAUUAAAAACAAAUCUUGGACAAUGACAUUGUUGCAAUGUUCCAACAUACAAUCACCAGAUAAAUGUGUUAUUUACAAGGUCAUUUAUCACUUGGAUUUCCAUUUGAAAAACACCUGUGACAAAGAAAACCUGCUUUAUCCGACCAUUUGUGCGAUACAUAGGCGGAAUGAUGUAUCUGUAUGUGACAUGUUGCAGCUAUUUCAUCAUUAAAAUAAUCGUUUUAUUUA